AUGCUAAUGAAAGCCAAGAUGUUGGAUCCUAACAGUCAUGAAGACAAUCUUAGGCGACUUCAAAUGGAAAGAGCUAUGACCAGUGGUGGUGAUGCCGACCGUUUCUUAUGUGAUAAUCGUUUCCAUUCAAGCUAUUAUAAAGACCCUUCUAAUAAUUUUGUUCCUUGGACUAAAAACCGUUACUGUGCAAAUGAUUCCGCUUACGAAACACACGCUCCUCUUUCGUCAUGCCAAUGCCAUGUUACCAAUGCCUGUGUCACACAACCUACUGAAAUUAAAGCGGGUGACAAACACAAAACACAUGAAACUGGAUCAACUAUUGGUGGAAUAUGCAUUGGUUCUGAGGGCAGCGAGAAAAGUCGAAUGUCGCCGAAAACGGUUAUUAGUCGCCGAAGUUCACACGACCUUAAAAAAUUCGUCAGAUCACAGUGUAAACUAGAAGAAGAUAUUGCUGAGACUCUAAAGAAGUUUGAUGCUAUACAAACCGAUGCCGAAAACUGUGAACAAAGUAAUAAAUCAACCGUUAACGUUACAAAACCUUCGGCACAAUGUGAGCAUUGCACAACUCUUGGUGAUGAUAACGAAAACGUGACAAUAUCUCAACAACAGUUUCCCAAUAAUCCUGCACAAGACGCAUUCACCAUUACUGCCGAUGAAAUUGUGAACUCCAAAGUCAUUAAUCCCAUGAUACGAAAGUUAAGACGCAUGUGUAUGAACAGUCUUAGGGAAGAAAUGUCUCUCAUGGAGGAUUUGGAACGUUUGCCACACAGUAUUAAUGAGUUGUACAAGGCGGCAGUAUUCCAUCAAAAUAAAUAA